CAUCCAAUUCUACAUUGAGCCUUCCACGCAAGGCUGAACAAGACCCCAAUCUCGGCACCCAAACCCCUGCAUAAACCCUGCAUAUGCCACGCACGAGCCCCAUGUCUCAAAAUCCGACCCGCAAACAAACCAUCCAGGAAGCACGCGGCUGAGCUACUUCAAGACCUCUUCAUCAAUCUCACUGUCAACGACUAGCCAUCAUUCAACCCCCAACCUACGAUAUGUGAACUCGAUGUUCACAUAGCUCACACUGGCAUCUUCAAUAGAUAUCCCACUCGAAACAAUGGCAUCUUCUACCGCCGAAGAACCUCUCCUGCCCAAUCAACACGGCGAGGAAGAGGAGGAGAAUGAUGUGGAUGAAGAUGUCUCAUUACUUCUCGAGAAGAAUUUGAGUAAACCCGGGCUAUUCGUUUGGCUGCUUGCUUUUUCUGCAGGUAUUACUGGGCUAUUAUUUGGAUACGACACUGGCGUAAUAUCCUCUACCCUAAUAAGUCUCCAUACUUCUCUCGGCCGCCCCCUGACAACUCUCGACAAAUCCCUAAUAACAUCAUGCACCUCUCUCUUCGCCCUCAUCAUUUCUCCUCUUUCCGGCGUUCUCGCUUCCUCUCUCGGUCGCAAACGUGUUGUCCUUCUAGCAGAUCUAGCAUUCGUUCUCGGUGCACUCAUCCAAGCGUUUACAACCACAGUAUGGGGCAUGAUACUCGGACGAAGUAUUGUAGGACUUGCGGUCGGAGCAGGUAGUUUUGUUGCUCCGUUGUAUAUAAGUGAAUUAGCACCAACCAUGUGGAGAGGUAGAUUAGUGGUGUUGAAUGUGUUGUUUAUUACAUUGGGACAAGUUGUGGCUUAUAUUGUUGGAUGGGCGUUUGUAGAAUGGGGAAGUCUAGAGACGGGUUGGAGGUGGAUGGUUGGUUUGGGUGCGGUGCCUGCAGCGGUACAGAUCUUAGUAAUGCUGUUUAUGCCGGAGACGCCAAGGUGGUUGGUACAAGUCGGGAGGGUAGAUGAGGGGAGAAGUGUUUUGAGUAGAGUUUUUGGGAAAGGGGUUCAGAUGCAGAAGGUGGUCGACGAGGUUUUGAAGGGAAUCGAAAGAGAAGUGAGAGAGGAAGAUGAGGCGAAAAGGUUAAGAGAGAUGGCGAGGAAAACUAAGGGAUCGGAGGACUCGUGGAUAAGUGACGCGAAGGAUAGCUGGGAAGAAUUAAUAGGGGUUGGAGGAAAUAGGAGAGCCUUGACAAUUGCCUGUCUUCUGCAAGGUCUUCAACAGUUGUGUGGUUUCAAUUCCCUCAUGUACUUCAGCGCCACAAUCUUCACUAUCGUUGGGUUCUCGUCUCCAACUCUAACAUCUCUUUCCGUCGCACUCACAAAUUUUAUCCUAACCUGCGCCGCUCUCAUGCUCAUCGACCGCAUCGGUCGUCGUCGUAUCCUCCUCAUUUCAAUCCCCAUAAUGGCUAUAGGACUCCUCCUCUGCUCCAUAGGCUUCCACUUCAUGGAUCUCCCUUCUACCCUCUCCUCUACUACCACUACAUCCUCCUCCACCUCUACCUCCCGCAUUCCACCUCUCAUAAUUCUAACAGCAAUAAUGCUAUAUACCGCAGCCUUCGCCCUCGGUCUUGGAAACGUCCCAUGGAUGCAAUCUGAACUCUUUCCCCUCUCAGUUCGUUCCCUCGGCUCUUCUCUCUCUACUUGUACAAAUUGGUCGGCAAAUUUCAUUAUAGGACUUACGUUUCUUCCAAUGAUGGAACAAUUAACUCCAACGUGGACGUUUGUUGUGUAUGCGGUGGUAUGCGCGUUUGGAUGGUGGGCGAUUUGGUGGGUGUACCCGGAGACGAAGGGGUUGGGAUUAGAGGAGGUGGGGUUAUUGCUGAGGGAUGGAUGGGGUGUUAGAGGACAGAAGGGGCGAGAGGGAAUGAAUGAUGAAGAAGAGAGGGAGGAAAGAGGGUAGAUGAGUCUAGAUGAGUCUAGAUUAGACGAGAUUAAAUGGGUUUUGGCGUUUGUAGCUUUUGAUGGGUUGAUGUAGAUAUUUCUUGCAGGCAUAGAGUAUAUAAGACCCUUGACAAUAGAGAUACUCAGUAUUCG